AUGUCGAAUUUAAAAGAUAUCCAGGCCCCAAAGUUAUAUCAUUUUAAUGUCAGUGGUCCUUCACGUGGAGCCUUAUUUGCGGCAAGGGUAAUCGGAGUGCCGGUAGAAAUUGAAGUUAUCAAUUUAUUUAAAAAAGAACAAUUAAAUGAAAGUUUCUUGAAAAUAAAUCCGCAGCAUUGUCUGCCUACUUUGGACGAUGAUGGUUUUAUCAUAUGGGAAAGUCGUGCCAUUGCUUGUUAUUUGGCUGAUAAAUAUGGAAAAGAUGACCAGUUUUAUCCUAAAGAUCUAAAGAAGCGGGCACUCGUCAAUCAGAGAUUGUUUUUCGAUAGUUCAUCUUUGUAUGUAAAGAUUAGGGCUAUUUGUUUACCAAUAUUAUAUUUUGGUGUUAAAGAGAUAAGCCAACCAUUGAGGGAUGACUUGAACACCACUCUUGGCUUCCUGGAGACUUUCUUAAGUGACAGUGAGUGGGUCGCUGGAGACAGCCCGACUAUUGCAGACACAUCUACCUAUGCAUCGCUGUCAAGUAUUCUGGCGGUUGGCUGGGACAUCUCAAGUUUCCCGAACAUUCAAAGGUGGGUGAAACAAUGCUCUGAACUGCCUGGUGCUGCAGAAAAUGAUGAAGGUGCUAAAGCUUUCGGUGAUGCCAUAAAAAAUAAUCUUAAAUAA